UACCUACAUCAUUGUAGUGCAUUUAAAUUUGUUGUUAUCGACAAUGUAUAAUUUUUAGAGUGUCAGGUUAUUUUAGAUAUCACUUUUUAUUAAAUUAAGUAAAAUGCAGCGGAAGUUAAAGAAAAUAGCAAUACUUUUAAUCAUAACUAUUACAAGCUUAUUGAUUUAUCUGAGUUUAGAAAUAAAAAUAAGAAUACUUUACAAUCCAACUGAAUAUCGGUUUAUAAAAGAUUAUAUAUUAUCGCCUUCCACAACGUUAUGUCGAGAAAGACCAUUUAUAAUUAUGAUAGUGACGUCGUAUGUCGGUGAUUUUGAGCUACGAAAUAUGUUCCGCAGAGGUAUGCCACGAGAAAAGUUGGAGUCAAUGAAUACCACGAGAAUUUUUUUAUUGGCGGAAAUUCCACCUGGUGAAAAAAAUAUUACCCAGAAUCGAAUAGAAGAGGAAAACGAAAAUUUCAACGACAUUCUCCAAGGCGCAUUUACAGAAAGCUACCGCAACUUAACGAUAAAACAUUUAAUGGGCUUACAAUGGGUCACAACGAAGUGCCCUAACGCGUCCUACAUACUCAAAGUUGAUGAUGACACUGUAUUCCGUUUCGAAAAAAUAUUAAACAUUUUAACAAAAAAUACAAUCAAGGGAGAUUUUCUUAUGGGCUACAUGCUGAACAAUACAGUACCUAAAAGAGAUAAUACGAAUAAGUGGUAUGUGUCUUUGGAAGAAUAUCCAAAGAAGAAAUAUCCGACAUAUGUGUCAGGCUGGUAUUACGUGACUACCCCUACAGUAGCAGCAAAACUAAUAAAUGAAGCCAAGUACCAUCCAUACUUUUGGAUAGACGAUGUUCUGGUCACAGGCAUUUUGAUUGGUGCUCUGAACAUCAGAAUUAUUCAAAUGCCCGAUGAAUUCUGGUUUGAGUAUCUGCUUAACAUUGUGAUUCAUACUAACAAAGACGUUUGGAAUACUGAAGCAUAUAAUUACUCUUUUGCAAUUGUCAAUUUAGCAAAAAGAAGCUGAUGAACCUACGCGGCGAUACCAAGAAUUGUGUAUUGUACCUACCUAUCGUAGUUCGGGCGAUUUUCCACAACUCGACUGCACCUAUAUCGCGUGACAGGGAUCGGAGAUGUUUUGCCCUGUGUGGGACCACUCCGCUGCAUUUUCGAAAGAACUUACUACGUGAGAGGCUGUCUCUUCUGCCUCCAUGCGUCCUCGGCAUAGAGAACUGUCUGUAACACUUGAUAUAAAAAGAUGUUUGUUAAAUAAUCCAUGAGCUGUUAUAACAAUGGUUACCAUUCUCAGUCGGACCUUCCCUAGUUGAAGGAGCGUUUUUCCGUUGAUGCCGGGCAUGGCUUGCUUGGCCUGUUUAGCCAGUGUUCUGUGUGUAGUCUCCCUGUACCUACGCGCUAGCAGCAUUGAGCGUACCUUUCUAAAGAGUAGAGGGGGAAUCGCUUCAGGGCCAAUCGCCUCUACAUCCCUUGAUCAAUUGAAAGGUGAAUCAGAAUCAGAAUUAUUUUAUUCGUGAUCUUGUUAUUACGACAUAAUCCUCCGUCAGUCGUUUGCGGAAUUCGUGUAUAAGUUUGGAUGUAACUAUAUGUGACACAUAAGGCUUGUUAGAGCCUACUGUCGGAGAGUAUGCGGAUGGAGGAUCCUACUACCUUCCUUGCAGUUAUGGGUACCGCCGCAUUUAUGAUAGCAGAAAUCAGAGUAGUAUAGUUGAAUCUUUUCAAGCUGACUGUUAAGAUCUUGAGAGAUUAGCUUGUGAACAAUGACAUUGUUCUUUAAUGUUUAAGGCUACCGAUAAUAAUAAUAUCAAGUGCUAAACGGUUAGCUUAAAAAGUUUCAACUAUACCUAAUAAGGUAAGCUGCCUAAGCUGGGGUAAGACUGACAUAAUUUAUUUUGCUCUGGACAAGACAAACAGUAUGGGGAUUGCAUACAAGUGUUUAUGUUGACCCGGUGACAGUCUUAUCUCACCUUACCUUAGUACCUUUAUGUAGUGAACUGACUGCAGUUUGCAACCAACCAUAUUGUGGUUCAGUUAUGUACCCGCAUAAAAAAUGCUCAUUAUUUUCUAGUCGGAAUGAAAAUAGUAUGUCUCUAAAGUACUUUCGGAAGUAUAGUCCCAUCUAGAAGAAA